AUGAAGUGCCUAUUCGCCCUGUUUUUCACUGCCCCAAUCGUCAACUGCGUCCAGUAUCCAUGGACUUUUGACAACGACUUAUUUGGAGGUUAGUUUGAUUUUUUUUUAUUUAGUGAAAAAGGUAUCAUCUUGGAACCUGAGCAUACAAGGGAUAGUCUCGGUGGAACCUGAAGAAGGGCGGGACUUGCCAAAAAGAAAAUAAGGAAAGGCGCGGAAGGGGGUGUUGGCGAAAAACCCUAAAAAAAUUUUUGGUCAGAAGCGAUUUUUUUACUUUAAAGUGAUCGGAAAAAAAGAACUUUCACAUCUUACGGCGUCAACCUUUAAUUCGAUAUAUUAACAACAAAAAAAAAUCUUUUCUUUAAAAUCAGAAAAAAACUUUUUUUUAAAUCGAAAAAUCUUUAAAAUCAGGACUUGGCUGUCUCCAUCAUGCUCAUCCCAUGUAUGAGCCUGAAGCUGAAAAUUUCUAAUAGAGACUAAAAAAAGGUCAAAAAUUCAAAUAAAAUAAAAGUUAAGAUUAAAAAAACUAAAGUUUGCGGAAGUUUCUCAGCGGUUAUAUUUACACCAUAACCUGCGCUCUAUGGAUAAUGGAAAGGAAAAAUUUUUUUCGACAGAGUGAAGUUCUCGAAAAUUAAAAAAUCGACAUGUAUUAUUGAUUAAAAAAACAGAGAAGGUAACAAUUUUUCUCCAAUUUCUUUUCAAAAAUAUUUUUUUAUUUCCGACUUUAAUUAGGUUUGAUAAUUUCUAUAUUAAAAAGAGAGAACUUUACAAAAAAUGUUUGAAGUGAAAAAAAAAUCGCCUUGAAACGCGUUAGAAUCUAGCAUCUGUAACGGAAAUUCGAAUUUCCACAGGGGCUCGAGGAGAAAAAAGGAAAAUAUAAAAUCGAGUGAAGAAACUUCGGCUGUUUUCUUCCUUCACCCUCCUCGCAAAAACGGCUUCUUCUACAGCUUCAAUGUGUACAAGUUGUUGUUUUUAGGCUCCCAAGGAGGAAAAAAAGCUAUUAAUAUUUUGUCGGAUCCAAAAAAUGAGCCCCCUCUGACACUAGUUUUUCUUCACGUUUUCGCCUAUCUGGCUUCAAAAUUUUGUAUUUCGUAGGCUUCUAAAGUUUUUGAGCAAGCUGAAAAUGAGAAAGCUCAAGUUUUUGGUCUCUGUGAAUAUUCUGAGCCUCAAGCUUCUAGAUUUAUUAUUUCUUACUGAUUCGAAAUAUUUAAAAAUAUGAAAAGACCUAUUUUUGAGAAGCUGAUACUCAAAUUUAAUUCUGGUGCUGCAGCUAGAAAGUAAAUAGUUCACGUUCAUUUUUGAAAUUAUGUUGAAAAAAACUAUUUUUUUAUAUCUGAUCCUUGCGAUGUUGAGCCGCUGAAAUUUUUUUUUUUCAACGAAAAAGACAUCCAAGAAAUUUGUACCAACUACAUUUUUUGGCUAUUUUCUUAGCAAACUUCUUAUUUUCCUCUCCCAUUUUUGGCGUUCAUUCAUUGUUAAGCCUUAUUCUUUAUGCGCACAUCAUCUAGCCAAGCUUUUUCCAUAUUCCUAGAGCUAUUUCGCUUCAAAACCACCCCGAAAUUCAAUCUGAAACGGCGAUAACCAGGUGAAGCUUGGGAGCAAUUAGAUGCGCCGGGCUUCUGCCACACGCUUUGACCUCCUCUCAAAUGUCGCGGAGGUUUUUGGGAGCAAUCGUCGAGCAUUUCCUGCAAUUAACACAAAGUGCUUCCUCCUCUUCGUGUGUCCAUCUUUUGGGCGUGUGUGUGAGAGUCUUCGCAACACACGUCUGGCAUCAUUUUCAGUGAUAUUGUAUUUUUUUAAAAUUUUUUUAGAAAUCAUAAAAAAACUCCUCUGAUGAAGCUUGGGUAUAGACUUUGUCUUUUUUUGAAUUUUUUUCAAAAAUAUAAAAGGUACUUUUUGUCUUUAAACUCAACGAUAGGAGCCGAAAUUUUUAAACACGAUCAUGUUUUAAAAAUUUUUUUAAAAAGUUCAGAUCAAGUGCAAAUUUUUAGUUUCCCAUGUGUACUUUAGGUCUGUACGACCAAAUUUUCCUGUCGAGAUUUUUUUCUUCAAAACCUAAUAUAGCUCUUGAUAAGAUUUUAGAUCAAGAAUUUCAACUCAUUUUUUCUAUGGAGCGCAAAAUCCGCAUCUAAGACGGCCAAUUUUUUAAUUUACAAAAUAAAAUGACGGCUCUUUUCUUUUGCACUUCUUAACACUACUAUCAUCAUCGCGAUAAUCCCUAUAACACGUAUUUUUCCAAGAAAAUGUUCAGGAGCAAACUUUAAUCAUAAAAAAAUUAUAAAUUAUUCAACAUUUGAUCAGAAACUAACAAUAAGAGCUGCUUUCACAUUCCUUAUUUUUCCCGGGCCUUCAAAAUUAACCAAAUCAAGGAUUCUCAGCCCUAUUCGUGGCUUAGCUUCGCUCAGUUUUUUUUCAGAGCUGUUCGGAGUUUUAUCUAUUCACCUGAAUUCUUAAACAUGUGUGAUAACCGAUUCGAGCGGGUAUUAAAAAUUGAAAAAGUGGAGGAAGGCGAAUGAAUGAAAAGGAUGGCUGAUGUUCCCACGAUCAUCUGUGUGUGCCUUCCACGCGAGCUUCUUCUUCUUUUUCUUUUUCUACUUCGUCUUCACGCAUUCAUCUUCUGAAUAUUCUGAAGCCCUCGGCCAGUCUUCGUCUCAUCUAAACUUAUCUUUCAUAAGCCUUGGAGCUUCAAAAAAUUGCAGAUUUUUUUUUGAAUUUUUACCGAGGCCUCAAGCUUUUCUAAUCUCUUCAUGACUAGACCGCUGUAAAAAUUUUCAGUUUGUCAUUUGACAUUGAUUAAUACAUACUGUUACUAUCUCGAGCUACGAGUACGCGUCUGGCUUCAGGAACUGUCGGUUGGGGGUGUAGCUCAGUGGUAGAGCGCUCGCUUUGCAUGCGAGAAGUCCGGGGUUCAAUCCCCCGUACCUCCAGAAUUCUUUUGCAGAAUUUCGAAUUUUUUUUUUCUAAUUUUGUGGAACAAGCAGCACUUGUCUUGGAGAUUUCUAACGGAGAGACAUAAACUAUCCGCAAAAUAUUGAAUUUCUGCCAACAAGAAUAAAAACCAAAAACAACCGAGAAAUUGUGGUUUUCUCUCUCGGAACUCUCUUUGGCUUGUAAGAUUUGGGAAAGUGUAUGAAUAGAAGCUGCUUGAUUCUUUUUUAUUCGAUUUUUUCAAUGUAGCAUUUGUAAUUUUAAAAGAGCUUGGAGAUUUUCUCACGUAGAAAACCGCCAAAAAUGAACUUUUCUUUAAAAUUCUGAAUAUUCUUAAAAAUUAAAUUGAAAAAUGCAUACCUGAUUCCAUAAACAAAUUCAUACCUGGUCCCAAAAGCUGGUUGAUCCUUCGUUAUUUGAUUUUUUCAAUGUAGCGCGUUUGUGAUUUUAAAAAAGCUAGGAGAUUUUCUCACGUAGAAAACCGCCAAAAAUAAAUUUUUCUUUAAAAUUUUGAUACAUUUUUGAAAAACAAAAUAAUACCUGGUCCCAUAAUCUUCAGAAGGACAUUUUUUUCUCCUUAUGUUAAACUCCCAAAAGACGUAUUUGCGUUGGCGCUCAAUGCGAUUUGCAAGGCAAUUUCGCAGUGUAUUUCACAAAUUUCGGCCUCCCACUCUACCUUCUUCUACUUCAUCGCUCAUAGCAUGCAAAUACGAUUUUUUUAAAAAAAUAUUUAUUUGAAUUAAAAAUAAUUUUUCUCUUUUUUUUUUUUUCAAGUUGCAAGUUCAUUUCCGUUGCAAAAAUUAUUCAUCAACAUCCUUGCUUCUUCUUCCUCUUUUUUUCUCCUCACUCCUAAAAAUAAAAAAAUUGAAAUCUACAGCUUUUUUUCGAAGGGCUCUGUGAGCUCAUCGUCUAGAAAAAAAUUAUUUUUUUGAACUUUUUCAAAGGGGAUUUCAGGCAAAAUAUAGAUCGUCUAUCCAAACAUUAUCUCUUUAGAAAAAUCGUAUAGUAUCUGGCAAAAAAACAUUAGCGCAAGACUUUUCGUUAUUAACCCAAUUGUAGGCCAAUUCCAAGGCGAAUUCCUAAGAAAUGCCGCCAUCCGUUGCACUAACAAGGUUCGACGGCUCGUUUUUUUCUUCUUUUCACAAAAAGAAGAACAUUUUUCGACGUUCCUUCUUUCCAAGUAAAAUUCCUGUUUUCAAACAGUUUUGCGCCUUCUGUAACUCAUGAGAAUUCCAUUUGAAGCUUCGAAUUUCGUAAAAAAAAAUAGCGCAAAAAAGGGCAAUCUUCUUCGCCUACAAAUCCCGCGAACUAAUCCAAAAUUCAAAACGCUUUUUUUUUCAUUUCACGUGUACUUUUCUCAGAUUCAUCCCAAUAUUUUAUUCUAGGAAUCGUUGAUCACAUCUGGUUCUUUCAAAUAUGUUGAUUUGAAAUAGGCUGCCGCUUUUUGUCCGAGGUUCACUAAAUGUAGAGUUAUUCAUUUGUUGCUGCUUCUGGGCCUGCUUUCUUACUAGGGAACUUCCAGCCAAAAGAAGGAGAAAAACAGAAGUUUAAUAACUUUCAAGCCUAAACUGCACAUUUUCAACAGGCUUUUUCUCAGAAGCCUAUGGUGUUUAGCAGAUAGUCUCUCUUGUUUCCCAGUAUUCUUACCCGGGUCUAUAAGCCACCAAAGUUUCAACUCGAAACGCGUACCCGAGUCCGUGUAGAUCCCUAGUUAGGCCAUGAAGCAAGCCUUCUUUUUGGUGUCAAAAAUAUGAAAUAUGCAAAUUGGUGGUCACUCUUAGUGACGAGCAAAAAUUCGCACGUUUCAUUGUUUCUCCUAUUCCAGUUACUUGCCUAGCAACACCUCUAGGGCUUCCAAAUUUCGAAAAGACCAGUUUUGAAACGUAUUUUUACGACUAAUUGUGUCAGAAUUUUGUGUUCCGCUCGUAAAAAUAGCUGGCUCUCGAAACUUUUUCUAGCAAUCAAAAAUCUUUAGUUUAUAAAUCGGAUUACGGCCCGCAUAGUAAUUGUCUCGCCUCGAACUUGCUCCAAGGACAAGUCAGUUAGAAGUUCAAAUAUGGCUCUACUUUCUCUUCAAAAAGCUCCAGGUCAACUUGGACCGUUUCUGCGUCCGACUUGAAGCGAUUUGAGCGCUUUACCAAAGUGUUAGAGUAGGCGAAAAGUCAGUUAUAAGUUUAAAUGUGGCCCUACCUGCUCUUUGAAAAGCUCUAGGUCAACUUGGACCGUUUCUGCGUCCGACUUGAAGCGACUUGAGCGCUUUACCAAAUUAUUAGAGAAGGCGAAAAGUCAGUUAUAAGUUCAAAUGUGGCCCUUCUUUCUCUUCAAAAAGCUCCAGGUCAACUUGGACCGUUUCUGCGUCCGACUUGAAGCGAUUUGAGCGCUUUACCAAAGUGUUAGAGUAGGCGAAAAGUCAGUUAUAAGUUUAAAUGUGGCCCUACCUGCUCUUUGAAAAGCUUCGGGUUAACUUGGACCGUUUCUGCGUCCGACUUGAAGCGACUUGAGCGCUUUACCAAAUUAUUAGAGAAGGCGAAAAGUCAGUUAUAAGUUCAAAUGUGGCCCUUCUUUCUCUUCAAAAAGCUCCAGGUCAACUUGGACCGUUUCUGCGUCCGACUUGAAGCGAUUUGAGCGCUUUACCAAAGUGUUAGAGUAGGCGAAAAGUCAGUUAUAAGUUUAAAUGUGGCCCUACCUGCUCUUUGAAAAGCUUCGGGUUAACUUGGACCGUUUCUGCGUCCGACUUGAAACGACUUAAGCGUUUACCGGAGUAUUAGAGAAUGCGAAAAGUCAGUUAUAAGUUCAAAUACGGCCCUACUUUCUCUUCAAAAAGCUCCAGGUCAACUUGGACCGUUUCUGCGUCUGACUUGAAACGACUUGAGCGCUGUACCAAAUUAUUAGAGCAGGCGAAAAGUCAAUUAUAAGUUCAAAUAUCGCUCUAUUUGCUCUUUGAAAAGCUUCGGAUUAACUUGGACCGUUUUUGCGUCCGACUUGAAACGACUUGAGCGUUUACCAAAUUAUUAGAGCAUGCCACAAGUCAGUUAUAAGUUCAAAUACGGCCCUACUUGUUCUUCAAAAAGCUCCAGGUCAACUUGGACCGUUUCUGCGUCCGACUUGAAGCGACUUGAGCGCUUUACCAAAUUAUUAGAGCAGACGAAAAGUCAAUUAUAAGUUCAAAUAUCGCUCUAUUUGCUCUUUGAAAAGCUUCGGAUUAACUUGGACCGUUUUUGCGUCCGACUUGAAGCGACUUGCGCUUUACCAAAGUAUUAGAAAAGGCUUCAAGUCUUUCCACUUGCGAACAUUGUUUUAAAACUGAUCGAUGUGUUAAAGUAUCUUUCGUACUAAUUCAAGCGAAUCAAGUGUUCUUUGGAGUUUAAAAAAACGGUUCCAGGAUGAUACCAUGGCUGUUGACAGCCUGCAUCUACCCAUGUGUUAUAGGGCCGGACUUUUGGGGCCUUUUGCACGGCGACUGGAGAAUGUGUACAAGCGGUCAAAUGCAAUCCCCAGUGAACAUCGAUCCGGCUCAUCUGCUCUUCGACCCAAACUUGACCAACAUGGUCGUCGACAACAAUGUUGUGGGUUUCUUUUUUCACCUUCCUUGUGAAGUAGCACUCUAGAAAGCUCAAUUUUUCUGAUCAACAUUUUUGAGCUCUCGAAAAGGUUUUGAUACUUAUCCUGCUUUUUUCUGUAAGAGAACCCUUCGAAACAACUUUUUGAAUGGGAAAAUGAUUUCUAUGGGUAAAGUAAUCUCUUUCACGGACAAUUUUUAAAUUAAAACAAAUUUUUUCAAAUUGAAAACAUACAUGGGAUAGUCUCGGUGGAAAAUGAAAAGGGGGGAGGGGCACAUGGCAAAAAAAGCGAGGAAAUGGGGGUGGUUGGCAAAAAAACCGUAAAAAAAGAACUUUCACAUCCUUGGGUGUCAACCUGUAAGUCGAUAAAUUAACAAGAAAAAAUAUUUUUGGAACGCAAACUUUUAUCCCCCCCCUCCGUUGAAAUUCUGAUGUAACUUAGCUUGAGUGCACGUUAGAGUCCUUCCGAAACAAAAAAAAAUUCUCGCAAUAGGUCUGGUUUUCAAUUUGAAAACCUUCAAAAGCUUGAAAUGGCGCCUUUUUUCGGACUUUGAAGCAUCAUAAAUCGAAAAUGAGAUCUAUUGCGAGAAUUUUUUUUGUUCUGGAAUCUAAAGUACUCCUGAGCAUCAUCAAAAAGUUCAACCAGGGGGAAGUUUUCAAAUUAGCUUUACAAUCACUCGGCUUGUUUUUUUCUAUAAAUUUCGUUCCUGCGAAAAUUUCCCUUCAAUAUUUUUUCAUAAGUUUUUUUUUUACCACCUGAAGCUUCAUUCCUUCAAGUCUAAACUCGAUUUUCAAAAUUCUAAAUUCAAGGUCGAAGCAGUUUUCGAGAACACUGGUCAAUUACCAAUGGUAACAGUGAAAGAUACGCCAGCAAGGCCCACAAUCAAUAUAACUGGAGGCCCUGGAAUGCCCUAUCGGUAUAAAUUGCAUCAGGUAAUGUUUCAAAAGUAUCAAUUUUGAGUUCUAAAGACUUUAAUUACAGAUAACCGUCCAUUUUGGGAGGGCAGACGAAGGCGAAAAAGGCUCCGAGCACACGGUUGACAGGGUUCGAUUCCCAGCCGAGGUUCGCUUCAUCUUUUUUUGGACCUUUUUGGAAGUAAUUCCAUUUCCAGGUCCAGUUGUUGGCCUACAAUAGCGAUCUUUACGCGAAUUUCUCAGUUGCAAUGACGAGUCCACGUGGACUUCUUGCCAUCGCCGUCAUUGUUGAUGUACGUUUCUUAAAAUUGAUAUAACUUUUUUUUGUUUUUCACAUCAGUUGGCCGCGCUAAUCUUAUCAAUACAAAUUUGAUAUACGCUUUAAUUUGAACCAGAAAUCAGGAAUAGUAUAAAUCCUCUUCCAUGGAAAAUGAUUUUUUGAAUUUUUCGAAAAGGCUUUUUUUGAGGUGAAUCAGUUGUCGAGCUAACCAGGUAAUGGUCUCUCGCCUAAGUUUUCUAGGUGUAGUUUUUAAUUCUGAUCACAAAUAUGGUCUUAAAAACGGCGCGGAGGUCUGUGAAAAAAUUUAUGGACUCUCUAAAGUCGAAAGUUUCACUGUCUCCGAUUGAGCUCAUUUUUUGAGCUUAUAUAAAUCUCGUUCUUCUGAUAAUACAGAAAACAUUAUUUUUCUGGAAAAAAUUUUGAAACAACGUAAAAACUAAAUCUAGUACAGUUGGUCUUAUUCAGAAGUUCCCCUUCGACCAGAGACAAUUUGAAGAGGAAUUCGUGAAAAUCAGUUACUUAAUAUUCUUAAUAAAGGCGUAUUUUACUGAUAUACCUAAACUUAAGUACUAAUAAAAAAAAAUCUCGACUCGAAUCUGGCAGUCCCAAGUUUGAUUUUGAUUUGUGAAUCAAGUCGUAGGGACUUAUCGAGUUGAGCAAAUCAGAGGAGCUCUGACUUUGGCAGUCCUCAGAGCAGUACCAAAAUUGAGGAAAAAAUGAAGACACUUGAUUUAAUAAAAUUAGAUUUUAGGCACUUUAGCAAAAUGGUUAAUGAAAAUGAAGCCGUUAGCAAGCUUUAAACUCAUUUUACAAUUUUAGAUCGGCCCUCAAACGUCUGUAGAGCUUCGAAGACUAACCGUCGCUUCACAAAGCAUCAUUUAUAAAGGUUUUUUUUUUCCAUAUUAUGCUUGAAAUUACUUAUUUGAAUUUUAGGCAUGAAAGCCAAUGUCAGUCACUUGCAACCGGCCUUGCUUCUGCCCAGAACUUCACAAUAUGUCACCUACGAAGGAUCUCUGACCUAUCCGGGGUGCCAUGAAACCGUCACUUGGGUCAUCAUGAACAAUCCGAUUUAUAUCACGAAAGAAGAUGUGAGGAAAAUCAUUGCAAAAAGACUUGGAAUAGAAUAUUUUCACUGAUUUUCCCCUUUUUUCAGCUUCAAAUAUGGAAUGAACUCCAAAAAACAGAGUCGAAAAGCUCGGAGCCGUCCUUCAUGACGCCCGCCUACAGACCAUUGAGAUCCUUGAAUGGCCGACUUUUGAGGACCAAUAUUAACGUUGGAUAUCGGGUUUGUUAGCUUUAAUUUUUCAACAAGGUAUAAAUAUUUAUUGGAAAAGUGAAGGAAGAAUAUGUGAGCCUUCAUGAGAACUUUUUGAUUGAAAUUGGCGCACUUUAUAAAAAGGUCAUUAUACUUUAUGAAGAAGAGUUUUCCUAGAAUUUGAUAAGAUUACUCCUUGAUAUCGCAGGUAAAGGCAAAACACCUUAAGUUUCAGAAAAGAGGGCACAGAGGUUGAUGGUUUUCUUCAACUUUAAGACAUUUUUCUUUGAAAACUAGAAAUUUUCGCGUUUAGUAAGACUUUCAGAACCUUUAUCUAGUACUUCUAUAAGAAUCGUGACAAUUUUCAGGAAUUUUCUGACAAAAAAUAAAAAACGACUUUUCUUGUGAACACCUCCUAAUUUCCUUUUACUGAAAGGAAAAAAUUCUCGCAGUAGAUUUUUUCUUCGGGUUUUAUGAAUCUGCGAACUACAUUAAUAAUGAACGUUAUUUGACGGAAGUAACUCGAAAAAAAAAAAAUCUGUUGCGAGAAAUAUUUUGCUUUUUCUGGAAGCAGGAGGUCCUAGAGUACGUUUCAGCCAAGUCCGAUCAAAAUUUCAACCGGGACCCAGGAGAGAUUCCUUGUUAGAAUUCAAAUUUUUCAGGAAAGUUCUUCGGCUUCUUGUCCUUCAAAUAUUUACGUCGAAAUGGGCUACCGAGCGAAUCCGGCAAGAACAAAAAGAAACGAUUCCUUGCCGAAAAGGACGAUCCGCGCCAGCGAAGUCUUCGAAAUCGACGACAUCCGACCCGUCAACGAGGCCUACGACUCUUUCUGA